UGGCAGUGAGCGUGGAGGCUGUGCCCGUGCGGACCUGAUCAACUUCAAUCGAUACGUCUUCUUCUCUUUUUCUUCACGCCUGCACGUGGACUCAAACAUCUUUAAAUGUCUUGAACAUUUACCGCCUUUGAUUCUCUUCUCUGCGCAGAGAGUUUUUGUGUGCGUGUUGUUUUUGAUGGCGCGGUCUAACCAAGAUGGACACGAGCUGUCUGCUGGUUAGAGACUAGAUAACGACUUCGCCCUUUUUUAUUCUAAAUGUAGAAUUUAAUUGUAUUAUCCGCUGCAGACUUUAACUUCAUCAACCGGAUGUAACCGCACCGGGUCAUUUCCAUCCCCGGAGGGUCAACAUCCUAUAAUGAACAUUUUCCCACGGAAGUUUGGGUGAAUUUUAUUUUUUCUUCUUUCUUUUUUUCCCACGCACGACGACUCGCCAUGUCGCGAGUUGUCCGCACCCUGAGCCGCUGCCUGCUGCCGUCCGAGGCCAGCCGGGACCCGGGCGGCAGCAAGGAGGGCAGCCGCCGGGAGAGGGACGCGGCGCAGGAGCGCGAGGCGCGGCGCAGGAGCCGCGAGAUCGACGCGAUGCUCGCCCGCGAGAGGAGAUCCGUGCGCCGCCUGGUGAAGAUCCUCCUGCUCGGGGCCGGAGAGAGCGGAAAGUCCACAUUCCUCAAGCAGAUGCGCAUCAUUAACGGGCAGGAGUUCGGUAAAAAAGCCCUUCUGGACUUCCGGGACACUAUCUAUGAGAAUAUCCUGAAGGGCGUGCGUGUGCUGGUGGACGCCCGGGACAAGCUGGGCAUCAGCUGGCAGAGCUGCGAGAACGAGAAGCAGGGCAUGCUGAUGAUGUCGUGGGAGGGGCGCGCCGGCGUCUCGGGGGUGGAGCCGGGCGACUUCCAGCUGUACGUGACGGCGCUCGGCGCGCUGUGGGCGGACGCCGGCAUCCAGGAGGCCUACACGCGGCGCUCCGAGUUCCAGCUGAGCGAGUCGGUGAAAUACUUCCUGGAUAACUUGGAUCGCAUCGGCCAACCGGUGAGUCGGAUCUCCGAGCGCACUCUGAAUCCCCCCCCCCCGUCUUCUAACGUCCGACCCAAACAUCCUCCUCCUCCUCUCCUCCAGAACUUCAUCCCGAGCAAGCAGGACAUCCUCUUCGCCAGGAAGGCGACGAAGGGCAUCGUGGAGCACGACUUUGUCAUCAAGAAGAUCCCGUUCAAGAUGGUGGACGUGGGGGGCCAGCGGUCCCAGAGGCAGAAGUGGUUCCAGUGCUUCGACGGCAUCACGUCCAUCCUCUUCAUGGUGUCGUCGUCGGAGUACGACCAGGUCCUGAUGGAGGACCGGAGGACCAACCGCCUGGUGGAGAGCAUGAACAUCUUCGAGACGAUCGUCAACAACAAGCUCUUCCUCAACGUGUCCAUCAUCCUCUUCCUCAACAAGACGGACCUGCUGGUGGAGAAGAUCCGCACGGUGGACAUCCGCAAGCACUUCCCCGAAGUGAGGGGCGACCCGCGGAGGCUGGAGGACGUGCAGGCCUUCCUGGUGCAGUCGUUCAGCCGCAAGAGGAGGAACCGGGGGAAGCCGCUCUUCCACCACUUCACCACAGCGGUGGACACGGAAAACAUCCGCUUCGUCUUCCACGCCGUCAAGGACACCAUCCUGCAGGAGAACCUCAAGGACAUCAUGCUGCAGUGACCCUCGGGGGGGGGGGGGGGGGGGGGGGCGCAUAUGAACGCUGACCUGUGGAGGAGGAGGCGGGAUCUAACUGAACUCUGAGCCCCCCGUGUGGAGCCCCCGAAGGGACUCUGGGACCGUUGGCCCCUCCCCCGCGGAAACUGUGAGGGUCGUAGAGGACGAGAAUAUGACCUGUGUGUGUGUGUGUGUCUGUGUGUGUGUGUGUGUGUGUGUGUGUGCGCUGGAAAAACAGUCCGAGGGGUUCUCGCCUUCAUCUACAGGUUUCAACAACAAAAAUCGGAUUAAAAAAAAAAAAAAAGAGAGAAAAGCACCAACGACAUGACGUGAGCACUGAAAGUGUUUUUUUUUUCUCCCUUCUCUUUUCUAAGAUGUAUAUAUGUAUGUGUAUAUAUAUAUAUAAAUAGAUAUGAUUAUUGACGACCGUCACUAAACAAACAAGUCCGACCGGCUGCCGGGGGAGAUGAGAGAAGCUGGUGUGAGGCAGGAAGGAUGGAGGAAGGGUAUAGGAGCUAGGCCUAGUGUGCAUGGGGGGGGGGGAGGUCCUACGCUGCGUUACGUGACACGGUAACGACACGGUAAUGACACGUCGUGAACUUUAAAGAGGGAAACAAGUGGGAGUCUCUCCCGUUGGCCUCUCCUCACAACAGACGGUCGUCUCAAAUUAAGAGAAGAAGCUCAGAAGCACUCGGCGCCGUGAAGCCCGACGUCCCGAACCACAGGAGCCUCGACCGGACUUUUUUGUGUGUGUUUUUUUGUUCUCCAAACGCGAAGGGAAGAGAGUGACGGGGGUUGACCUGUACGUGACCCCGCCGCCACGCUGCCGGCGGCCAUUUUCUGUGGCCUUUCCGUCGCGGUGGGAAGAUGAGCCCGAAGCGAGCCGACCGCAGCAGAGGGAACAAGAAGGCGAGGAGAGGACACACAAUCGGUUUAUGGGGUUUUCUUUACGCCUUCGACUUAUAAAAGACUUGUUUUUUUGCAUCGUCUGUUGAUGUCUGCUGCAACAGCUACGCGAUUAAUCAAUUAGUCAGCGGGCAGCUUUUUUUAAUAAUCAAUCGAUUGUCAUUUACCAAGCAGACGUGCUGGUUCCUGGUGAGGCCAACACGUCGUUUAAAAACGUUGGCUGUCGGAAAUGUCUCUAUUUUUUGAUGUUUUGAAUAUUUUCAUAUUAACGACGGAAAAAAAAUGUGAAAGGGGUCAAAGCCACAGGGAAUAAUCGCUCGACUCUUGAAAGGACGGUUUAGCGUCUUUCAGGCUUUGUUCUGGUUUUUACUCAAACCCAACAGGACACCUUCCAGCGAGCAGCGAGAGAGACAGAUGUGUCCAAACCGGAGUAAAUAUAGCUCAUAAUUCACCAGGGGACCAGAAACACGGCGAUAACCGUCCUCUAAAACACUCUUCAUGUCACCUUUUGAAUUCACGGGGCCACGUCCUCGGCUCCGGCGCGUCUCCGGCGGCUCGUUGAACGCACGCCGAAGUAUUUAGAGAGGCGUACCUGAUAAAGCGGCCCCGGAGAGAGCGUGACCGUGAGGCCAUGUUUAUAUUUCACCUGCCGACAGUCGGCUCGUAACGCGACGUGAAGGAAUUUACCUGCCGGUCUCCGAGGCCCCGCUAUGUGAUUCUGAUGGAUUCCUGCCAGCCAAUCAGAAACAUCCAUCUUCAAAAAUCCUUUUCAAGCCACAUCCUUCCAAUCGGUGUACAGGAUUCACACCUGCGUGGUUUGGUACGCAGCAGCAGGUCACACUUCCACCUUCUGAUUAUAAUCCUGUAUUAUAGACUCGUGUGUGUGUGUGUGUGUGUGUGAGGCCCUUUGUGUGUGUGUUUGUGUUGUAUAUAGAAUACUGUAAGUAUCUGACUGUGUAACGCCACUCUGUCUAACAGUCUCACUGUCACUGUAACGUUGCUGUAACAUGUCGUUGACUAACCUACCUUUACCACUCACGCAAGUUGUUGUUGUUGUUUUGUAAGCGUCGUCAUUGCACUGGAUGCGAGAGAAACAACCAGAAAGGAGAAGAAGAACGUCUGGGGAGGAACAAACAAAAUGAACGUCGAGACUUUUUUUUUUUAAAGCGAGCAUAAAGAAGAAGAAGAAGAGGAGGAGGAGGAGGGAGGUCUUCUGUUGUUAUUUUUGUUGUUUAGUUUCCCAGUGCCUUGGCUUUUUGCUCUGUGGGGAAAUACACUGCCGUUUGCCGACA